GUCGGCAAUAGUAAAAUGGUGUCGCAGUUCAGUGGGGUGUUGCAGCUGACGGAUUUGAAUGAUUUUAUCACCCCGUCUCAGGAAUGUGUGAAGCCUGUGAAAGUUGAAAAGAAACAAGGGAAAUCCUCCGGUGUAAUCCGAAUCGAAGAUGAUGGUAGCUACACUCAGUUGAAUCAGGAUGGAGGUGUCCAGAAACUUGAAAAAGCAAAAAUAACCCUGAAUGACUGCCUAGCCUGCAGUGGUUGCAUUACAUCAGCAGAAAGUGUACUGAUCACUCAACAAAGCCAGGAUGAACUAUACAAAGUUCUGAAUCAAAACAAAGUGUCCAGUUCCAAGAAUCGAAAGAUGGUGGUAGUUUCAGUUUCACCACAGUCCAGAGCAUCAUUAGCUGCAAGAUUUAAUUUGCCAUUUACAGACACUGCGCAACGGCUGACAGCUUUCUUCAAAAAUCUAGGCGUUGAUUAUGUGUUCGACACCACUUUCUCCAGAAACUUCAGCUUGAUAGAGAGUCAGCGUGAGUUUGUGCAGCGUUUCCGUAGUCAUAAGGAUGACAGCAAAGCCCUGCCAAUGCUGGCCUCUGCUUGUCCAGGUUGGAUUUGUUAUGCAGAAAAGACCCACGGUAGUUACAUUAUUCCAUAUAUCAGUACAACAAAAUCCCCACAGCAGGUGAUGGGCUCUUUAGUCAAGGACUACUUUGCAAAACAGCAGAAUGUGACUCCAGAUCAAAUAUAUCACGUAACAGUGAUGCCAUGUUAUGAUAAAAAAUUAGAGGCUUCAAGGGAAGAUUUCUUCAGCGAGGAAUACCAAACAAGAGAUGUAGACUGUGUAAUUACUUCAGGUGAAGUGUUGAAGAUGUUGGAACAAGAGGGACUUUCUUUGGUCAAUGUGGAUCCUGUACCAUUGGAUGCAAUAUUCAGUAAUGACGCAGAAGGUGAAGUUGUUGGUCAUUCUGGUGGGGGUUCUGGUGGAUACCUGGAACAUAUUUUCAAAUAUGCUUCCAGGGAGCUGUUUGGAAUUGAAGUACAUGAGAUUGUCUAUAAAACACUCAGGAAUAAAGAUUUCCAGGAGGUGACACUGGAACAGGAUGGGAAUGUGUUGCUCCGCUUCGCAUUAGCCUACGGAUUUAGGAAUAUCCAAAACCUGGUGCAAAAAUUGAAACGUGGAAAGUUGACAUACCAUUAUGUGGAAGUGAUGGCUUGCCCUUCAGGUUGUCUGAAUGGCGGUGGCCAAAUACGAACAGAGGGAUCAGGAUCCAGUAAGGAUUUGUUGCAGCAAGUUGAAGAGCUUUACACAACAGUGAAGGUGCAGACACCUGAAGCAAACCAGAGCAUUGAGCAGCUCUAUGAACAGUGGUUGGGGAGCACUGACGGCACCAAAGCUUUGAAAAUGUUACAUACACAGUACCAUGCUGUGGAGAAAAUGAACAAUGUCCUGAACAUUAAAUGGUAGAAGAUUCUAAAAUAUCAAAGUUUGUACGGAAAACACGUGAUGAACAUUAACGUAAGUUUGUAUGGAAAACAGGUGAUGGACUGUGGUACCUUUCAUUUGAAACAUGCAUAUGGUGAAUUGUUAUAAAUUAAAUUGCCAUGUUCUUAAGGCACAGUCUACAAUUUAAAAUAGAUGUUCAACUUGCAGAUGUUUUGCCAGUCUUGAGUGAAGGAAAGAUGGGAGUUGUGCCUCUCAACAGAUCGAGUAAGCAGUAGCAGUUUCAAUAGUCCAACAGAAUAAAUCUAUAAGAAUAAUAAUUGCCCCUUCUGGUUCAACUUGAUAGAAAAAAAACACCAUGUGUUCUCACGUUGCGGCAAGAUUAACAUAUUCUGCAAAGACUAGCUGACCACAGAUGAUUAUUUUCUUCGCCAAUUUAGAGUAAUAACAAAUGUGGGGUAGGGGCUCUGGCUGCUGUUGUUUUAGGCUUGAAAAGGCUGAUCCAAGUGCACACUAGUAAUGUGCAAACGCCCAAACAGCUUGACAAAUCAGCCUCCUAUGUUGUCAGUGGGACCUCAGGUGCAGUUUAAGUUGUGCUAAAGAGACUGCUAUCUACCACUCAUAUUAAAACUUGAGAUAUUGUUUUCACCUUUAUUGCAAGGAGUCUGGAGUAUAAAGACUGCUUUCUUGUAAAUCUACAGGGAGCUGCAUUACUGCGUACAGUUUUCGUGUCCAUAUUUAUGGAAGGAUGUGCUUGCUUUGGAAGCAGCGCAGAGGAACUUCACUGGGUUGAUUUCUGGGAUGAAAGGGUUUAUGUCUGAAGAGAAGUUGAGCAUAUUGGCCUACACUCAGUGGGGUAUAGAAGAGUGGGAAGUGAUCUUAUUGAAAUAGAUAAAAUUCUAAGCAGCGUUGACAUUGUGGAUACUGAAAGGAUUAUUUCCCCAUCUAGAACCAUGGGGCCAUGGUUUCAGAGUGAGGGGUCAUGCAUUUCAGAUGGAGAUGAGUAGGAUUUUCUUCCUUUAGAGGGUUGUGAUUCUUCAGAAUUGUCUACGCAUGAGAACUGUGGACGUGGAAUCAAUUGCUGUAGUGCUCAUUUUCCAGUUAUAUUUGUCAUUAAACUGGAGAGGGUGCAAGAAAGAUUUACAUGGAUGUUAUCGGGAGUGGAGGUCUUGAGUAAUAAGGAGAGAAAGGAUAGGCUGGGACUUCUUUCCCUGGAGCGUAGGAGGCUGAUGGAUGACUCUGUAGAGGUUUAUAAAAUCAUGAGGGCUAUAGACAAGGUGAAUAGCCAAGGUCUUUUCCCCAGGAUAGGGGCUUCCAAAACUAAAGUGAGAGGGGAAAGAUUUAAAAGGCACCUGAGGGGCAACAUUUUCACACAGAGGGUGGUGAGUAUAUGGAGCUGCCAGAGGAAGUGGUAGAGGCAGGUACAAUUAUGACAUUUAAAAGGUAUUUGUACAGUUGCAUGGAUAGGAAAGGUUUAGGGGGAUAUGGGCCAAGCACAGGCAAAUGGGACCUGCUUAGAUAGACAUCUUGGUCAGCCUGGGCACGUUGGGCCGAAGGGCCUGUUUCCAAACCCUAUGACUAUUAUCUGCACCACCUAGACGCUACACGAGAUGUCUGAUUUUUCAGCCUUCGCUGAUGGGUGGGUUUUUGACUGCCAGCAAUUUGCUGAUCCACCAAUGUCUUCUGCCUGAAACACCAUGUUUUUACUUCUCUUCCCCAGUGAACUAUUGCAAGACAAAUGAGAAUGGAGGGAUAAGAAAUAAAAAAUCUAAGUGCAAAGAAUGAGUGGUAACUACCACCUCCUGGAAGGUUCCCAGCACCCAUUUAUUGGGAACAAUUCAGUGCCAUUUGAUCACACUCAAUAGACUGAGCAAUUCCUUUCACAAAACAGCAAAAAAUAUUGAAAAAUACAUUUUAAUUACUAUUUUGUAUGUGAUCAGGAUUCAAUUAAUGUUUUAGUCAAUUAACCUGCUUUAUUAAUAAAUAAAAUUUCUGAUAUUAUAAGCCAAGCGUUCAGAUUCUGAGAAAUCUUGGCAACCUUUAGAUUGAGAGGAUGCUUAAAGUGCACUGGCCCAGAUACUGGAUCCCAUCAAGCUGCAUUUGUUUUUCAGCACAGCAGGACCUAAUACAGAUCAGUAAGUUACAAUGGCAGCAUAUUUCUUUUGUGUUUAACAUUGCAGCACUGGAAAUGAGUACUUCAGUUAUCUUUUCCUUUUGCACUAAUCAUGAUCAGCCUAUUUUGGUGAUGUCAUUAUUCCAGAAGUGAUCAUUUACUGAUGGUUGGUGAUCACUCCCAGAAUUACAAUUUUGUUAUUGCUUGGCUCAAAUAAACUCCCUUAUUAGACAAAUCCCUGUGCUUUGUAACCUUGCACUACUGUCACUUGCCCUGAUGCUAAUGCCCCCUGGCCCAUUUGGAACUUGGAAUACCUGUAUGUGGUACAUUUUUGAUUUUUGGGUCAUGAGUGUUAUGAAGCUGGGUCCAUGACCUAAAUGGUCUGACAAUACCUAGAUCAUUAUACCUGGAACUCAUUCUCUAUUUUAACUCUUACCUGUGGAAUCAUAUGAGUAACCUCAUUAAGGGGAGAGUUAAAAACCUAGCUACAAAGGGAAACUGUAAAACAAGAAAAUGCAGAUGUGGGUGUCUGGUACAGCUUUUCAUUUGACACUUUUGCAAAUUUGAUGUGUACCAAAUCUGCCAAAAGGUAGUCAUGCAAUGCACCAUUUGGCAAUAUACUGUAUAUUCUACAACUGAUAAGUUAUUUUUCAUCCUUCAAGGUAAGUUGGACUUCCUUGAUAAAUGUAUGUUUUUUUAAAAAAAACAACUUUCCAUAGUUAUAAAAUCAAUCUACCAUAUCAAAUAAUUAAAACUGGCAAUAGCCUAUA